AUGUGUAAGCAUAUUCUCAACGCUCAGGUCGCUAUCCGUGCCCCCUGCUGUAAAAAGUGGUUUGAUUGUGCUGAAUGCCACGCAGCUGUAUCAGACCACAAUCUUAGAAAGACCAACGAAAUGGUAUUUGCAUGUAAGAAAUGCAAAAAGGUGUUCCGCAAAGACAUGACUGAUUACGAGGAAGAGGAUGAGUUUUGCCCUCACUGUGAUAAUCAAUACGUGGUGGAUGCGGUGAUGCCCGAAGCAUCCAUUGGUAUCGAAACUGAAGAUAUUCGUGUAGACAAUAGAGUUGUCAAGGAUGAUCGUUUAAGGACCAAACAGGAACAAAUUGACAGCAUUUUCAAGAUUGAUGGAUCGCAUAUGUUGGGAUAA